AUAUUUUUGGGAAACGUGUUUGAGAAGGGUGGUUUUUACGCGCAAAGCUCUUUGGGAGAAAUGAAUGCUGGUAGUCAGUCCCUCUUUUUGCCACUCUCACUGCUUUACUGUUCUCUUGAGGUAUAAGUUACACAAACAUUUCUUGCUUAUGGGUGCGAUAUCUGCCUUCCCAAAUCGUUAACAGAUGCGAUAAUAGUUCCGUCAUGAAUUUUGCUUCAAUUUGCUCAUAUCAUUAGAUGGUUUAGUGAUUGGUAUUUAGAAUAACAAUUUAUGCAUUGCUAAACCAUCUUUAGUCGUUUAUAGUGCUAUAUUUUCGGAAAAAUAAGUUGAUGGACCAUUUUUCAAUUCCAGAGGCUGCUUUGUGAUGUAAUUCUAUGUUAAUAUCAUUCUUGAGUGAAUCUUUGCCAUGAGUUCCAUGCCGGAAGUCCUGCUUUUCGUAAAGGCCGGACAUGACGGGAAAAAGUAUGGAGCAUGUCCUUUUUGCCAUCGAAUCUUCAUGAUUUUGCUUCUGAAGUCUGGCCAGGAACAGCUGCAGUUCAAAGUCGCCACGGUGAAUCUCGCCAAACCUCCAAGUGUGUUCCACAAACUGACCCUGAGGCGUGUUCCAGCUCUGGUGCAUGGAGAUACUUCGUUGGACAACAUAGACGAGGUUAUUCAGUACUUGGAUGAUACUUUCCCGACCAAUCAGCUCCAGUACGACAACGCCGAUGCGGACAUGUACUGUGCGGACGUGUUCCAGAAGUUCUGUUUCUACGUUAAAGAUGUGUCCAAAGAUGCGUCACAGCUGGAGGCUGAACUUGGAAAGAUCGAUAGUUAUUUACAAACUUGCAAAACCAAAUAUCUAUGUGGAGACCAUUUAACGCAUCUAGACUGUGAGAUCUUGCCUAAACUGCACCAGAUAAGAAUAGCAGCGAAAGCUUUAAAAGGAUUUGACAUACCUGCACAGUUCAAGAAUCUGUUUACGUAUUUGAACAAUGCAUAUAAAAAUGAUGUGUUCGUAAAGUCUUGUCCAUCUGAUCAGGAGAUUAUUAUUCAUUGGGCUGAUAAACCUGAAACUCCCAAUUUAAGCAUGGAAGAAAGGGCUAAAUUAACUAGGGAAGAACCACAAUUUUCUUUAGUAUGCUAAUAAUAAAUAAAAAAAUAAUAAUUUAAUAUUAGAUCAUAAUAGUUAAAUGUUUAUGUUAUUUAAAGCCAUUAUUGGAGAUCCUGACUUUUAACUUUUGAAUAUUUAAGUCUUGACGUAAUUUUAGGUCGAAAUAUUUUUUAUGAAUUUAGUUUUUCCUCUGAUUGUCUAUUAAAACAGUAUGUUUGUUUUAGUGUAGUAGAUUUAAAGAGCAAAAAUGUAUGCUUAUUUUAUGAUUUAAGCCUACUUCUAAGUAGUAUUUUAAAGAAAUUAAUUUUAUCAAUGCUAUUUACACUUCUAAAGAGAUUUUUUUUGUGCACUACGACAAUAUUGUUAUUUAUGAUGCUUCGAGAAAAGAUUAUUGUGAUAAUAAAUUAACUUAU